AUGUGGUGGGUGGUGUUACUCUCUGCCAAAGUGGGCAUGGUCUGGAGCUACAGUAUGGGGGCACCUUCUACCACCUGCUCCACCAUGUUUCCCGUACACAGUGGUAGUCCUGCACAGACCACUCAACCGCCGUACUUCUUCCAGCUCAGCAAGACUACCUUCACACCAGGAGAAACACUCUCAGUGAACUUGGUUGGAAAUGGAGUGAUAUUGAGAGGGUACCAGAUUCAAGCCCGAGAUGGGAAUGGUAACGUGGUAGGACAGUUCACGUCAGCCGCCGGGGCCAGGACGAUCACCUGUGGUCUGGAGAAUGGAGCACUGACCCACAGUAACGCCAGAAACAAACAGGGUGUAAGUUUUACUUGGCAAGCACCCACCCCCGCUGUAGGAGGCAUCCAGUUCAUUGCAACUGUUGUGCAGACCUACAAUGUUUUUUGGUUGAACGUGAAUUCUCCACAAAUAACAGCGGUUACCGUUCCUCCAACUCUUCCACCACAACCGCCAACGACCAUGGUGGUCACAGUGCCGUCAACAAGAAAGCCACCCGUCACUCUGCCGCCUGAGACCACCACAUCGGCGGCAAUGACAGAAGAAAUCACCACUCAGGCGCCUACCAUAGUAACGACAGAUCUAACACAGAUACAAACGCAAACGACACCAGCAUCGGGAAGAGUGACAAUGGAUGAUACAUGCGGUACCAGCAAGGGCUGUUUCGUGAGCUGUGAGGGGGACAGCUGUGAAUAUGUUGUCACUUGGAAACAUGGACCAGAGUAUGUCGACUUCGAAGUAUCAUCGAAGAUCGAGAUUGAUGGUGUCCACUGGAUAGCGAUCGCUUUCUCUAAUGAUGUUAAAAUGUAUUUCUUCCUUUGUUUAGCGAUUUUGAUGAUAAUCGCUUGGAUCCUGUGUACUGGGAUAGGAAUUGUAGCCGCUCGCUAUUACAAACCAGUGUGGACCGCCACCAACGUGAUGGGACAGAGAAUAUGGUUUCAGAUUCACAGAACAUGCAUGGUGACCGCCUUGGUGUUAACACUCAUCGGCUUUGUAAUUAUUUUCGUUGAGGCGGGAGGAUAUAGUCAAAUUCCAAAAAUAGAAGGAAAAGAAUAUUUACAAGCUCAUCCCCCACUGGGAAUAAUAGUCACGAUUCUAGCUAUCAUAAAUCCUAUCAUGUCAAUAUUCAGACCAGGUCCAAAAGAUGAAAAACGGCCAAUCUUUAACUGGGCUCACUGGUCCGUGGGUAUGCUCGCCCAUAUCCUAUCUAUUAUAGCGAUAUGUUUUGGGAUGGAGAUGAAGAAGUCGACAGCUCCAUCGUAUUCCGUGUGGGUCGUAGUCGGAUACGUGAUAUAUCACGUGAUUAUGGAGAUUACACUGAAGUCGUUUGAUCUCUACCUGAACAGAUCAGACCCUGGUCGUAUUGAUGCUCUGGGAAUGACAAACACUGGAGUUUCAGCACAGAACGGAAACCACUUCAAAGCGCCUCCUGCGUACACUGAAAGGGAUACAGUUAAACCCCCUAAGGACAGCACAGUGAAAAAAAUACUUCUGAUUUUCCACAUGGCCAUUGCGACAGCUUUUACCGUCACUUUGGUCCUCCUGGUUGCUCUCUACGACUGA